AUGAAAACUUUGGAUUCAGAAAAGAGCUGGAAAUUGCUUUUGAAAACAAUAGAUACAUUUACAGGUAAUGAGAACAAAUUCUCGAAGGACAUGGAGAGGAAGGGCAAAGAGAUGUUGAAAAAAUGUGGGGGUUUGCCGCUAGCUAUAGUAGAUGUUGGUAGGCAGAAAGCAAAGCAGAUACUUUCAGGGACUAAAUGGGAAGAACUUUUUGAUUCAAUUGAUUUAAGUGAAACUUUGAAGUUAUUGGAGCCGAUGUAUGAUGGAUUGGAUGAAGAACUCAAGGCAUGUUUCUUGUAUAUGUCAUUUUUUAAGGAAAAUGCAAUAAUGAGGCAAGAAAAGUUGGAGCAGAUAUGGACUAUAAACAUACAAAGAUCUAUUAUUGAAGUCAUGCUAACACGUGCAUACAAUUUAGUCAAAGAAUCCAUUAUUGAAGUCGUGCACGAUUUCCAAUUCAACUUUGAAGUAAAAAGGUUACACAUCAAUCCUUUGCUACACAUGUUAUCCAUCAAAAUAGCAGAAAAGGAAUUGGGAUUUGAGAUAUUGAGGAAUGAUGGAAAUGAUCGACCCUCUCAGAGUCCUCGUCAUCGUGUUAUCCAUUGUGGCAGAGGCAAGUUUAGCUACUCCACGAAUCAAGACAAAAAUCUUAUUUCUCUCAUCUUCCAUGGAGGUGGGGGAUAUUUGGAAGAUGCUAGCCCGUCUUAUUGGAGGAGUUUUGAACUACUUAGUUUACUCGACUUGGAAGAUUUUGGGGUGAAGACAUUAUCAGAAUCUAUCGGCACAUUAAUUGAGCUAAGGUAUUUGGGAUUGAGAAACAAUUACAUACAAGAGAUCCCACACUCGUUGGAGGGCUUGAAAAAGCUUGAGGUUCUCGAUAUAGCUCUAAACUUUAUGGUGAAUGUGCCGGAUAUUAUCCAUGAAAUGGGUAGCCUUCGUUUUCUAUACAUGUCUGACGUGAUUCCCCGGAAGCCUUUGAAGGUAGAUGCACUACAGAAUCUCGAGACCCUAACCUACAUCUCGAUUUACGAUUGGACAUAUGAGGUCUUGACCUCGGAGAAGAUGACAAGUCUCGUUAAAUUGGGCAUUGAUGAAAUUGAUGAAAACUCGCAUACAAGCAAGCUCUUUGCAUCACUGGCUAUGUUAAAGAGAUUUAGAACCUUUAACUUGCGAGGAUUUCGUUUCAGAAGCAUGCCAUGUUUGGACGAGAUUGGUGUUCUAGAUAGUCUCUAUAAACUCCGAUUGGAUGGACGACUGGCUAGGCUACCAAGUGCCAUUGGAUCCCAUCGAUGGAUUUCUUACUUUGUCUUGGUAAAUACUUGUCUGGAUGAAGACCCCAUGCAGGUGUUACAGAAAAUGAGACGACUGAAAGUCAUCAAACUGCGGAAUGCAUACACUGGUCGACAAAUGGUGAUUGCCGAAAGUAGCCUUAAAUCUCUCAGAAUCCUACGCAUCAACGAGUUGUGGAAUUUGAGAGAUGUUCGAGUUGAAGGCGAUGGAAUGUCAUUUCUCCAACAACUAGAAAUCAAGAAUUGUCCACACUUGGAUAAUCUCCCAAAAUGGAUUUGUUGGAUGAGGUUUCUGAAGAAGUUCAGUAUGGUAACAACCAAACACAUUGCAACAAAGAUAAGAAAUUCGCGCUUGAUCUCCAAUAUACUGGAAGUUGAUAUUAGUCCAUAA